GUCAUAUGUUAAUGGGCUCUUUCUUCUCCAGCGUCCUUUGCCAUCUUGUUGCUUUUGAUGAUCAUCCAGCCAGCAUGGUGACGGAAGCUGAUGAGAUCAAAAGGCUACAAGCUGCCCGUCAAGCUGAUCAAGCAGUCAGGGCAGCUCAAACAAAAGAUAAAAUUGCUUUGGGAGAUAAAUCAGCCGGAUACGAUGAAGAUUUAUACGGCGGCAGAAAGAAAUCCGAUUAUGUGACAGAAUUACCGGCAAUGGAUGAAGAUGACGAUGACAGUGAUGAUGAGCACAAUGGAAGGGCUACAAAGAAUCCUUUGGAUGCUUUUGGUGCGCCAAAGCAUUUAUUGCACGAAUUUGCAGAUGAAGAGGAGGACCCACUAGCAGAUCGUUCAAAAUCUCGUCAGAUUGCUAACAGACAAAGCGAUUAUCACCUAAGGCGAUUCAAUCGCGACAUUGGCCCCGAGAGCACAACUGAUGCUUUCUCGGGCGAAGCCACUGAAGGAGAAGAAGGUGGAUACAAAGAAGCGAUGAGAAGAGCAGAAAUUGAGAGGGAGGAAGAACGUGUCAGACGACUAAUAGAAUCCAAAGAACGGGAAGCACAAGAAAAGCUACAGUCAGGUGAUCAAGAUGGUGACGAUACCAUCAUAGUACCGAGAAGCGAGGCACAGACUGCACCUGACGCAACACCAAGAGUAGGUCGAAAGAGACGAUGGGAUGUAGGAGCACCUUCAGAGUCUAGUGAUUCAGAAAAAGCAACGACGAGCACUGAGGCCGCCACUGAUGCCACACCACGUAAGCGAAGAUCGAGAUGGGAUGAAACACCAACAGCAGCGGGGGACACAACCGCAGAAGAAUCCAAGAAGUCAAGAUGGGAUCAAACCCCCACUGCUGCACCAGAAUCAUCUUCCUCACAGAAAACAGCCCCUGGCAUGGAUGGAUCAUUCCUUGUCGAUCCACGCAAUCGAUUCUUGAGUGACGAAGAACUGGAUCAACUGCUUCCUUCAGAAGGAUAUGUGAUCGUACAGCCACCCGAGGGAUAUGCUCCAAUACGUUCAGCUGCUCAUAAAUUGAUGGCCACUCCUGUAAACAAUGGUGGGUUCAUGAUGCAAGAUGAAGCCUCUGCACGUGCAGCUGUUGGAGAGAUGGUACCUGAUCUGCCUACCGAUAUUCCUGGUGUUGGUCAGUUGGCAUACUUUAAAGCAGAAGAUCAAACUCAUUUCAAGAAGAUUCUCGGAGGCGAUGAUGAGGACGAAUUGUCACUUGACGAGCUCAAAGAGCGAAAGAUUAUGCGUCUCUUACUCAAGAUUAAGAAUGGUACGCCUCCCAUGCGUAAGACUGCUUUACGUCAAAUAAGUGAUAAAGCAAGAGAUUUUGGUGCUGGUCCGCUUUUUGACAACAUUCUGCCUCUGUUGAUGGAACGUACACUGGAAGAUCAAGAACGACAUUUACUGGUCAAGGUAAUCGAUCGGAUCUUGUACAAAUUGGAUGAUCUUGUUCGACCAUACGUACAUCGAAUCCUCGUCGUCAUUGAACCUCUCUUGAUCGAUGAGGACUACUAUGCGCGUAUCGAAGGACGUGAAAUCAUUAGCAAUCUUUCCAAAGCUGCCGGUUUGGCACAUAUGAUUUCAACUAUGCGACCUGAUAUUGACCACGUAGACGAAUAUGUACGCAAUACGACAGCUCGAGCAUUCUCAGUCGUUGCAUCUGCUCUUGGCAUUCCGGCCCUUUUGCCCUUCUUGCGGGCUGUCUGUCGUUCAAAGAAGAGCUGGCAAGCCCGGCACACUGGUAUUCGUAUCGUUCAACAGAUUGCGAUUAUGAUGGGAUGUGCAAUUUUACCUCAUUUGAAAAACCUUGUCGAUUGUGUUGCAAAUGGACUGUCAGACGAACAACAAAAGGUAAAGACGAUGACCGCAUUGGCACUUUCAGCUUUAGCCGAAGCAGCUGCUCCGUACGGUAUCGAAAGCUUUGAGGAAGUCUUGAAACCUCUUUGGAUCGGUACAAGACAACACCGCGGAAAAGGUCUUGCAGCAUUUUUGAAAGCAAUCGGAUUCAUUAUCCCGCUAAUGGAUUCCGACAGUACUUUAUACUUUGUCAAAGAAGUUACGCCAACUCUCAUUCGAGAAUUCCAAACGGCAGAUGAGGAAAUGAAAAAGAUUGUUUUGAAGGUUGUCAAACAAUGUGCGGCAACGGAUGGGGUCACUGGAGCAUUCUUGAAAGAAGAAUUGAUCCCGGAAUUCUUCAAGCAUUUCUGGGUAAGGCGAAUGGCACUCGAUCGUCGCAACUACAAACAAGUAGUGGAAACGACUGUCGGCUUGAGUGAGAAAGUUGGUGUAAGUGAAGUUGUAUCGAGAAUUGUCAACGAGCUCAAAGACGAGAAUGAGCCAUUCCGCAAGAUGGUGAUGGAGACAAUCUCCAAUGUGAUUGAAAAGCUCGGCGCAGCAGAUAUUGAUGAGCGACUUGAGGUGUUGUUGAUCGAUGGAAUGAUUUACGCCUUCCAAGAACAAACGCAAGAAGAUCAGAUCAUGCUAAACGGUUUCGGCAUCAUCAUCAAUGCUCUUGGCAUGCGUGUGAAACCAUACUUGCAACAGAUUGUAUCCAUCAUCCUUUGGCGACUCAAUCACAAGAAUGCAAAGACAAGACAACAAGCCGCAGAUCUUACGACAAAGCUUGCUGUUCUCAUUCGACAAUGCGAGGAAGAAGAACUUUUGUCGAAAAUGGGUUUAGUGUUAUUCGAGCAAUUGGGAGAAGAAUUCCCCGAAGCACUGGCAAGUAUCAUCACUGCCGAGACUGCAAUCGCGAAUGUGAUGGGAAUGAAACAGAUGAAUCCAAAAAUUCAAGAUUUAUUGCCUCGAAUGACUCCCAUUCUACGUAAUAGACACGAAAAGGUACAAGAGGCAUCUAUCAACUUGAUCGGACGGAUUGCAGAUAGAGGAGCAGAAUUCGUCAAUCCCCGUGAAUGGAUGAGAAUUUGUUUUGAGCUUUUGGAUUUGCUUAAAGCACACAAGAAGGCUAUUCGAAGAGCUGCAGUCAACUCGUUUGGUUAUAUUGCCCGUGCUUUAGGACCACAAGAUGUUUUGCAAGUUUUAUUGACCAAUUUACGUGUUCAAGAACGACAAAGUCGAGUUUGUUCAACUGUUGCAGUCGCCAUUGUUGCAGAAACUUGUGGACCGUAUACGUGCAUUCCGGCAAUUCUGAACGAAUACAGAACUGCUGAAUUGAACGUGCGAACAGGAGCAUUGAAAGCGUUGAGCUUUUUGACAGAAUACGUUGCAGAUAUGAACAAAGAUUACGUGUACAGUUUAGUGGGUAUCUUGGAAGAUGCAUUGACCGAACGAGAUGCUGUUCAUCGUCAAACAGCAGCAACGGUUGUCAAACAUUUGGCUUUGGGUGUUUCAGGUUUAGGAAGAGAAGAUGCUCUUUUGCAUUUCUUGAACCUAUUGCAUCCAAACGUAUUUGAACAAAGUCCUCAUGUGAUUGGAGCAGUGAUGGAUGCAAUUGAAUCUAUGCGAAUCGCUUUAGGACCUGGAGUUUUACUCAAUUAUUCGUUGCAAGGUUUGUUCCACCCUGCACGUAAGGUUCGUGAACCUUUUUGUCGAAUUUACAAUACCAAUUAUAUGGGAGCACAAGAUGGCUUAGUGCCAUUUUAUCCCGAUUUCGGAGAGAUUGAUGAAUCAUAUCGUCGUCACGAUCUGAUGUGUAUGAUUUGAUGAAUCGUCAUGUAUUUUUGUAUAGUAACCAAUAUCAUUUUUUGUACAAUAUUGAAAUCCCGAAUCGCCCGAU